AUGAACCGCCAUUUUGUGUUUGCGCUAAGGCGCCAUGCCAAUCCUUCAAGGUUUGCAGCCCAGUCCAGGUUGAUUUCAAUUUCCGCGCCAUUGGCCACUAAAUUGUUGGACCAUCAAAGCGGUCGCAGUCCAAACAAUGGUGAUGUCGCUAUCGGGCCAAGAGGUCUGAACAUCAGCCCCAGUUGGAGAAAUAAUAAUUAUAGCACGAAUGAUCAUCAAAUCCGUUACUUCGGGUCGGAUCGGAGCUUACGACGGAACAAACGACGCAAGGUGAAUCCUUUCAAGGUGCUCAAAGUGCGCCGCAAGACCCCAUAUGCCACUGCCAAGAAGAUAUUUUUGACAUUGGCCAUGCAGCAUCACCCUGAUGUGACUGAUGCCAAAUCGGGACAAGAGCAAGAAAAGUCCCAAUUGCCUGACUAUGUUGUGGCUGACAAUGAACACGACAGGAUGGACGAAUGGUUCAAACAAGAAACUGGAUUCGAUAUGCCCUUUAUGGACGAAGAAACCAUGAAGGAGGUGGCAGCCAUGACAGAAGCGGUUGGUGGAGGUGGUAUGGACCGCGGUUUGGAUCGUGAUGGAGGUAUGUGGGAUCUGGCUCGAAUGGUCACUCAAAGUGUCAAGAGUGGAGGUGAUGGCAAGAUACUCUUGCAACUUGAAGCACGAGCAUUGAAAGAAACAGCAAUCAACAACUCCAAUUUGAGAGCCAGGAGGCGAAGGGCAAAAUUGUCUUUCUAA